AUGUUUUAUCUUGAUCCCAAGAAAUUUGCUGUGUUCUUUGCUGGAAUACAUGUAAUCGAGAAUUUUGUGGCCUUCUUGCUUUGUGCUCCAACAAAGUACUACAUAUCUCUACUCUUUAUAGUCUGGCAAGAGAGUUCAAGUGCAGAUAUGUGGGUGUGUAUGGAGCAGACACGGGAUACUAUCCGCCUCAACUCUGUGCGAAGAAUUGAUCCUCAUGUCUCCCAUAUUGUGGAUUCUGCCAAUCGCACAGCACUGUACACAUACGAGCAAGGUGGCGAGUCUUGGGCCAAGACAGAGGUAGAAGGCACACUUAUGGUAUAUUCAAGGGUUGCUCCGCCCCAUCACAUGGUUACGAUCAUCAACCGGCUAAACAAGUCCAACUUCAUCGAGCCUCUUACAUCUGCCUGUGAUAUUCAAGUUAAACCACCAUACCUACUCUUCAGAAGUGCCAAAGGAGUCAUUUACGGAAUAUGGUUUUCAGAAACAGAAGAUGUCCAACGCAUAGCAACUGCAAUACAGGAGCACAUGAAGAAUGAUCUUCCUGCAGCUCCACAGCCAGCUCCUAACAUUCUAGAUGACCCUGCCAUAGCAGUUGCUGGGGCGCCUGGUGGAGACAUACUCAGCAUGCUCUCUCGAGCACAUGGCGAGUAUGAGAGCAAGCGCAAUGAACCCCGCAGUAUUGUUACUACAACCACAAGUGUUAAUAAUGACCUAGUAAAGCCAGCACCACUUAGAGUUACAGCCGGUGAGCAGAACACUGUCGCAGAUUUCUUUGCAAAAGUUUCUGGGGCUCAGGCGGGAGGAGGAAUGGGAGGCCUAGGCACUGGUUUGCCAUCACCUUCUAGUUCUGGACCUCCAGUCUCCUCAACAACUAACCCAUCAAAUGCACCACUCCCAGUACUUCAAAAGUUGUUCCAAGGAGCUGCUGCAGUCGGAGGGCAAGCCAUGGUACAGCUGCCACCAGGGGCACCUGUACAAGGCCAGCAAGGUGUGACAAACCCAAUUCCAAUUCCAGGCUCGGCUCCACAAUCCCACCCACCUGCAAUGUCUUCAAGUGUCCCUGGAGGAGCACCAAUCUCGUUACAGGAACUUGAAGGACGAUUUAAAGAUAAUUUAAGAAUGACAAAUCAAGUAAAAGAGGAUGAUGGAAAUCAACUUGGACAACAACAAAAACCGCAGCAGCAACAGCCACAGCAACAGCAGCCUCAGCCACAGCAAGCCUACAACCAGCAUUUACCGCAGUCAGAACCUUCAUUGCUCUCUCCGCAGGUGUUCACUAGUUCACGAACAUCAGACCCAGUUAUUCAUGGCACACCUCCAAUAGAAACUUCUUGUCCACGCACUUUCCCUGGUCUCUUAACUCCGGGCACAGCGGCAGCCAUGGACAUGAGGCCGCUAAAUGGGUCUCAAGAGUCCCUGCAUGAUGGGCUACUCGGAGGUUCCUCGCAUGUGACACCUCUUACACAGGAGCAGUUAGUACAGGCAUUCACCAUGCUCCUCAAGAAAGACGAUUUUGUCCGACAGUUGCAUGAGGCAUAUGUCCAGGCUUUAAACCUCUCUCUCAAAGGUGUGCUUGAGAGCCGGGCAACUCUGCCAUAUACCCAGCAGAUCAUUAUGUCUAUAACAGACCCAUCUGUAAAGUCUUAA